AUGUCUUCUGCAAUCGUUAGAACGGUAUCCCGGGCUAUGGAACGCAUCGCACCCUUGCACCUUGCAGAGAAAUGGGACAACGUGGGACUUUUACUAGAGGCGCCAUUCCAGCGAUCGGAUGCCAAUCGUGUCCUUCUGACCAUAGAUCUUACGACUGCAGUCACAGAUGAGGCACUCGCAACCCCGACGGCUUUCAUCGUGUCAUAUCACGCGCCGAUCUUCAAACCGGUCUCCCGGCUCACUUUGGAUAACAAACUGCAAACCUCUUUGCUCCGCUGCGCUGCGGCGGGGAUCUCCGUUUACACUCCGCACACGGCUUUAGACACUGUGGAAGGCGGGAUCAACGACUGGCUAGUGGAAAUUGUGUCUGAUGAAAAAGACAGGGCGGAGGUGACGCGUGCGAACACUGAUCCGAGCUUGCUGCCGUGUAGAAAGGUCACGCUCAAGGAAGCGAUAGGCAUCAAGGACCUGGCGAUGAGGAUCAAGAGAGAGCUUGGCUUACAACAAAUUCAAGUCGCGUCGCCUUCGGAAGAUGUGUCCAUCCGUACUAUUGCAGUCUGCGCUGGUGGCGGCGGAUCGGUUCUCAUGGGUGUCGACGCCGACGUUUAUUUCACGGGGGAAGCGCAGCACCAUGACAUCCUCGCAGCUGUCGCUAAUGGACGCACUAUGAUACUAUGCGGGCAUGAUAACACCGAGCGUGGAUAUCUGCCAAGGCUUGUACGAAGGCUCCAGAUGGAUCUUCAUAAUGACCCGGAGGCCCGCUCAGCCAAUGGGUCGGAACUUCAUGUUGGUGUCAGCACAGCGGAUAGGCACCCGCUACGCCUUGUCUAGAUGGUGGUGAUGGCGGGUUAUCGCGCAGCCAUAUCCAGCAAUACGCUAUCGCACGUGUAGAAUCAGGGACGUGAUAAUGCUGAGUCGUGC